UUCAGUCCUUGUGUGUUUAGGGAAGAAUGCAAACUGGGAAUGAAGAAGUUAGUGCUGGCGGUUUAAAGUUCCAGCCCUGCCUUUGCAGCCUGCCGCUCUUUGUUUCCAAGAAAGCAAACUCAGUUCCAGAGCUGUGACAGGAAAAGAUGAAGCUUCAUGCAUGCUUCACAUCCUGAUAUGGCAUUCUCUGGAAUCAUUCGUCUUCUUCCAGUAGAUGUUUGGCUUUGUCAAAAAAAAAAACGCCUGGUUUGGUAGAUUAUAGCCAGUAAAUAAAGGAGACGUUGAUGUAAAACAUAAACUUCUUGUCUGUCAGCGCCAGACAAUAUCCUCGCUGCCUGCUCUGUAGAGGUUACUACAUGUACUUCUUGUCUUUCAGAAAGAAAAUCGCAGAAAUGAAAACAUCCACAGGUAUCCAAGCAUGAAAAUCCCGUGUCAUUAAAGUGCAAUUACAGGGCUACAACCCUCUGUCUGCAAAAAGAGAGUGAAUUCCACAGCCUGAGCCUGUGCAUUUAGACCUUUGUUUGAACUGUGUGAAGAGGAGAAGAGUCCUCUGCAGCGACACUCCCUUUUCCAGCAGGGAGCGUGUCAGAGGCUCCCAGACAAAACGUUUUAAACUUUGGAUGAGCAUUUAUCUGCUGAGCGGGAGGCGUCACAUUACAGCCAGAAGCUCUUCUUCAGGGAGCAGCAGUUUUCAGCUGUAGAUGACGUGGCGACAUCACGUUUGCCUCUGAAAGGCUUCACCAGCUUCCCUGUGGGGGUGGGCCACUCCGGCUCCAGGACCGAUUUAAACAGAUAAAAAGCUGCUGCUGCAUUUGGAGACAGACAGGAUGUGGACGACAACCAUUGUUGCUCUUUGCCUGCUGGCCUUGGGAGCCUCUGCAGAGGACAAGAAGCUAAGCGUUCACGCCACGACUCUGGCUGAUAACAGUGCCAAUCUGGCCUUUAGCCUUUACCACAGCAUGGCAAAGGACAAGAGCACCGACAACAUCGCCAUCUCUCCUGUGGUGGUGGCCUCCUCUCUUGGGAUGGUGGCUCUUGGUGGGAAGGCGUCCACCGCCUCCCAGGUGAAAACCGUCCUCAGCGCUGAUAAACUGAAGGACGAGCAUCUGCAUUCAGGCCUGUCGGAGCUCCUCUCUGAAGUGAGUGACACCAAGGCUCGCAACACUACCUGGAAGAUCAACAACCGCCUUUACGGGCCCAGCACCGUCAGCUUUGCCGACGACUUCGUGAAGAACAGCAAGAAGCACUACAACUACGAUCACUCCAAAAUCAAUUUGAGGGACAAGAGGAGCGCGGUGAACUCCAUCAACGAGUGGGCGGCCAAGUCGACGGACGGCAAGCUCCCCGAGGUCACCAAGGAGGUGCAGAACCCAGAUGGAGCCAUGAUCGUCAACGCCAUGUUUUUCAAGCCUCACUGGGAGGAGAGAUUCCAUGAGAAAAUGGUCGACACUCGCGGUUUCCUAGUAACCCGCUCAUUCACAGUGGGGGUUUCUAUGAUGCAUCGCACUGGUCUGUACGACUUCUUUGAAGACACAGAGAACAAAAUCUUUGUGCUGAACAUGCCUCUGGGCCAGAAGCAGGCCUCCAUGAUCCUAAUCAUGCCGUAUCACCUGGAGCCCCUGGAACGUUUGGAGAAACUGCUGACAAGGAAGCAGGUGGACACCUGGCUCAGCAAGAUGGAGAACAGAGCCGUAGCCAUCUCCCUCCCCAAAGUCUCUGUGGAAGUCAGUCACAACCUGCAGAAAUACCUGGCAGAACUUGGCUUAACCGAGGCUGUGGACAAAUCCAAAGCAGAUCUGUCGAAUAUCUCAGGGAAGAAAGACCUUUAUCUUUCGAAUCUCUUCCACGCUUCAGCUUUGGAGCUGGACGUGGACGGAAACCCGUACGACACUAGCAUUUUUGGCACAGACAAGCUGAGGAACCCCAAGCUUUUCUACGUCGAUCACCCGUUCAUCUUCCUGGUGAAAGACAACAAGACCAACUCCAUCUUGUACAUUGGUAGAGUGGUUAGACCUAAAGGAGAAAAGAUGCGUGAUGAGCUAUAAUAUUCUUUAUUUGUUUUGUAAGGUAAUUUUAUUUUAUGUGUACAUCUGGGAGGAAACUGUUUGCAACUGUGUGUUUUUGUGGUGCGAUUGUUACUUUCACAACACAUUCCUUUAGACAAUUUAAUUUUAUUGGUCACAUCAAAAUUUAGGGGGAUUAUCAUUUACAUUUUUUUUAAAGUUAAUCUCUUGGGAAUUUUUUGUAUGAACAACAGUUGGCAUGAAAGACAUACUUAUAUUAAGUAUGGUCUAUUUUUGAACAUCCUGUUUUUGUCACUGUUACUCCAAACCAACACAUGUGCGUUUUCUUGCAUUAUCUUUAAUGUUUAAAGAAGAGAUCUUUGCACAAGCUUGUUUUACAGCUCCUUAGGGACGCCUCCAACCAUUGUUCGUUGUACUGUUUGUCAGCUUGAGCUGAACUUGCAGUGGAAGGUGCUCCAGUUAAUGCUCAGCUGUUGGACUUAUGUGAUAAUGUAAGAACGCGUUCAUUUUCUUUUUCAAUAAAAGUGGGAAAAAUA